AUGUUUUUAAUUCCUUUGUUAGCUUUAUUAUUAUUGGGAUUGUUUAUGCUUUUGGCUAUUGGUAUUCCUUUAUUGUUAAAGAAUAAGAAAAGUGAUGAUAGUGAUUCUAUAGAUCCUGGAUUGUUAUCCAAAGGAAAGAAUGCUGGUAAUGGCAAGAACAGUGGACCGGGUAAAGCAACUAAUGAUGACAAUGAAAGUCCAGAAAAGCCUGAUACGAUAGAGGAAGCAGAAUGGUUUGAUGAGGGUCAACCUGGCGAAAACAACCCCGCUGAAAACAAGCCUACUGAAAACAAGCCUGGCGAAAGUAAACCGGGUGAAAAUAAACCCGAUGAAAACAAGCCUGCUGAAAAUAAACCGGGUGAAAACAAGCCUGGCGAAAAUAAACCGGAGGCAAAUAAACCCGAUGAAAACAAGCCUGCUGAAAAUGAACCGGGUGAAAACAAGCCUGGCGAAAGUAAACCGGGUGAAAAUAAACCCGAUGAAAACAAGCCUGCUGAAAACAAGCCUGCUGAAAACAAGCCUGCUGAAAAUAAACCCGGCGAAAACAACCCUACUGAAAACAAACCUGGCGAAAACAACCCUACUGAAAACAAACCUGGCGAAAAUAAACCGGGUGAAAAUAAACCCGGCGAAAACAAGCCUGCUGAAAAUAAACCGGGUGAAAACAAGCCUGGCGAAAAUAAACCGGAGGCAAAUAAACCCGAUGAAAACAAGCCUGCUGAAAAUGAACCGGGUGAAAACAAGCCUGGCGAAAAUAAACCGGAGGCAAAUAAACCCGAUGAAAACAAGCCUGGCGAAAGUAAACCGGGUGAAAAUAAACCCGGCGAAAACAACCCUACUGAAAACAAACCUGGCGAAAAUAAACCGGGUGAAAAUGAACCGGGUGAAAACAAGCCUGGCGAAAAUAAACCUACUGAAAAUAAACCGAGUGAAAACAAGCCAUGUGGUGCUAAUCAGGGUACAAAAGGAACAUGUCCGAUUAAUUCCGGUGAAGUCAAUUCCGGAAAAAGUAUUCAAGAUGGUGAAGUGCCGUGUAAUGGUAAACCUAGUAAUGGAAAUUCAAUAGAGAAAGCUAAUGGUGAGAAAGUAGAAGAGAACAAGCCUGAGGAAGAGAAGGCUGAUGAGGAGAAAGCUGAAGGUGAAAAGGCAGAAGAGAACAAGCCUGAAGAAGAGAAGGCUGAGGAAGAGAAGGCUGAUGAGGAGAAAGCUGAAGGUGAAAAGGCAGAAGAGAACAAGCCUGAAGAAGAGAAGGCUGAUGAGGAGAAAGCUGAUGAGGAGAAAGCUGAUGAGGAGAAGGCUGAUGAUGAAAAGGCAGAAGAGAACAAGUCUGAGAAAGAGAAGGCUGAUGAUGAAAAGGCAGAAGAGAACAAGCCUGAGAAAGAGAAGGCUGAUGAUGAAAAGGCAGAAGAGAACAAGCCUGAGAAAGAGAAGGCUGAUGAGGAGAAAGCUGAUGAUGAAAGGGCAGAAGAGAACAAGCCUGAGGAAGAGAAACCUGACACGAGGUAAUUAAUGGAUGAUGUUUAGAAUUAACCUGAAGCUGAAAUUUACCAAAAUAAUCCUGCAAGAAUUGGAGAAAUAAUAAAUCUAUAGAAGGUCUUAAUACAAACCAAUAGAACAACACACUAGCAUUAUAAAUAUGGCAUAACCAAGCGGUGGGUAAAACGAUUCAUAAAAUGUUAUUUUGCCGGUACUGAACAGCAUUUCUAUUUUUGCAGCACAUAGGCCCUCAAAUCAUAGUAUUAAGCAAAUAGAUGACGCUUUUUCAAAAGCAUGUGUUAUUCUAAAUGUCUGGUUUAUACUUCUGAAUUCACACAUCCCCAUUCAACAACAUUAAAAUUAUUCGUCCGUCUCCUCCAUCAACAUCAAUUGCAAUGUGCCACGUAAUUUAUUUUAUUUAUAUUACCGCACUACUAGUUUCAACCAUUAAAAGUAUUCCUCAGA